AUGAUCCCCGAAUGUCCAAGUGCCGUGGAGACGGUCAGUGGGACCAAACACCAGCACAUCCCGCCGGCCGAACCGAACCAGAGCUCCAUCGUUGGUGGUUUGUUGACCGAUAUUACCACGACUAUCAAGAAAGAACCUUUCACCGACCAUUUCACGAUUUUACCUGGCAAAGAGCUCGGGAGGGGCAAAUUUGCUGUGGUCCGAAAGUGCGUGAAGAAAUGCACAGGUCAAGAAUACGCCGCUAAGUUCAUGAGAAAGAGACGAAAAGGUCGCGACUGUCGUAUGGAGAUCAUCCACGAGAUUGCGGUGCUUGAGCUAGCAACAGACAGUCAACGGGUCGUCAGUCUACACCAGGUCUAUGAAAUGGCUUCAGAGAUGGUGCUGGUCCUUGAGUUUGCUGCUGGAGGAGAGAUCUUCAACCAGUGUGUGUCCGAUCAGGAGGACGAGGCUUUCAGCGAGAUUGAUGUCAAGAGGCUCAUGAGACAGAUCCUGCAAGGAGUCUCUUUCCUACAUCAGAGAAGUGUUGUCCAUCUUGACCUAAAGCCUCAAAAUAUCCUCUUGACCAGUACUUCUCCUCUGGGUGACAUCAAGAUUGUGGACUUUGGUCUGUCUCGCAUCGUCAGCAACCACCAGGAGCUCAGAGAGAUUAUGGGAACUCCCGAGUAUGUUGCUCCAGAGAUUCUAAAUUACGAGCCUAUAAGCACAGCAACGGAUAUGUGGAGCGUUGGUGUUUUGACCUAUGUGAUGCUGACAGGACUCUCUCCCUUCCUGGGCAAAGACAAGCAGGAAACCUUCCUCAACAUCUCCCAGAUGAACAUCAGUUACGACGAGGAGGAGCUGCAAGACUUGGACCAGGCCGUGUCCUUCAUCAAGAGUCUUCUUUGUAAACAGCCACAGUUUCGAGCCACAGCCGAGCAAUGUCUCCAACACCCGUGGCUUCAACCCGAAGAACCUCAGGAAACUGCAACAUGCAAUAAACCUCUCCCGCUGGAAGUCCUCGAUACAACUAGCACAAACGGCGUCUCUACUAGUUGCCCGGAAAGCCCUACUUUGACUACUCCUAGUCCAAACACGGUUGAGGAGGAAGAUGAAGGUCCAGUGACUGAGGACCUCAUCGUCGUGGCCGCGUACACCCUGGGCCAGUGCCGACAGUCAUCGGCUACAGAGAAGGAAGCCCUGGUCACCGACAAGAAGGCCAACUCUAAGCGCUUCAAGUUUGAGGAGCCGUUUAGUGUCCUCCAGGAGGUCCCUGGAGAGUUCAUUUACUGA